AUGACCAUAGGCGCGACCGCGGGUAGGUUCCCUGGCCUGGUCACGCGGGAGAUCGGCGGCCCCAGGCCCACGCCGCCCCGAGUGGGCGCACGGACCGCAGAGGAGGGCGGUGUGUCCGCGCUCCGCCCGAGCACGCGGGCCCCUCGGUCGGGGCAGCCCCUCCCCGAGCAAGCCUUCCUCCGAGAUGUGGAUUGCGGUGGCGGGACCGGCGGGCGGAUGGCCCGGGGAGGGGGUGGGGAUGGGGAUGGGGAUGGGGGUGGGGGACCCGGGCCCAAGUUCGCGCCUCCCUCCUGCGUCCCACGGUCGGCGGAAGCGAUUAUGGCCCACCGGCGUCUGGCGAGGCUGGGGGCGGGCUCGCACCCCAAGAGACACGGGCCUCCUCCCGUCCCCCGCUUUGAUCGCGCCGCCGCCCGGCCCCCUCCCUCGGCCCCGGGUCGGGGCUCGGCAGCGAUGGCCGCAGCGGAGCCCAGCCAGCUCCAGUUUGGGGCGCGCGCCGGGGUCCACGCGUACCGGCCCGCGCGCGCCGGCGGGGCGCUCCCCCCGCCCCCCAGCCCCGCCGCCGCCCUGCUCCCCGCGCCGCCCCCCGGCCCCGGCCCCGGCCCCGAGUGCCGCGCCCCAGCCGCCUUCGCGGGCUUUCUCGGGAGGGGUCCCGGGCCAGCCGCGCCGCCCCCCGCCGGCCUGGGCCCGCCUGCGCCCCCCAAAGGCACGGCCGCCCCGUCGGCGCCGCAGCGCCGCAAGCGCACGUCGUUCAGCCCCGAGCAGCUGCGGCUGCUGGAGCUCGUCUUCCGCCGGACCAUGUACCCCGACAUCCACCUGCGCGAGCGCCUGGCCGCGCUCACCCUGCUCCCCGAGUCCCGGAUUCAGGUGUGGUUCCAGAACAGGCGGGCCAAGUCACGGCGGCAGAGCGGGAAAUCCUUUCAGCCGGCAGCCAGGCCCGGGCUUUCCCUCCACCACUCUGCUCCAGACACCGGAGAGAAAUGUUUGAAGCCCCCGCUGCCUUCUGAGGUGGACGUGAGCUGCCUGCCGGCUCCCAGCCGGGUUGGAGGGGGCAUCUCUGACUCUCGCUCCCAAGGUCAGGAUUUUGAAACCUAUUCUUUCUCUGAAGACAUUGGUUCAAAGCUGGACUCCUGGGAGGAACACAUCUUUUCUGCCUUUGGUAACUCUUGAGGAUUCUGGGAGAAUUCAGGAUCAGCUCAGAGGAGCUGUGACUGACAGCCAGGGAGACACAGCAGGAUCCUGUUCUUUCUGGCUUCCUUGUUAAGGACACAUCCAUGUCAACCUUCGGAUGGUUUUGACAGUCAUCUCUCACCUGCGAAGCUUCCUGCCCUUUCACCUAUGAACAUUUACCCAUGCCCAGUUCUUUCUCUGUAGCUCACACCCCCUAGGAGCUCUGGCACUCGUUUUUACCUACCUGUCUCCAAAUUUGCACAUCCGAUUUGGCCUGCAUCCCUACUCUUUCUUGCUAGUCCUGUUCUCAUUUUUUGGACUAGUUUUUCAGAACCCAUUAUCUUCUUCACAGGAAUGCCUCAUCUUGACUCGGUUUCCCUUUGUGCUUGACAAGCUGCUGUUUUUCUCAUGGUUCCUCCAAGUGGAGGAAGCUUAAGCUUACCUUCUAACCUUAAACUCCGUCUAACCCAUCUCCUUCAGUCCUCAUCUUCUCACCAAGAUUUACUAGUUUUACGUUUGGCCUGUCAUCUUUACACUCUUUCGUACCUCGAGUGACUGUGCAUCCAGAUUAUUUAUUUCAAGAGCCCCAUGCCUCUAGCUUCUUAACUUUUAAAAAAUUACUCUGUUGAGAAAUCUGUCAUAGCCUCCAGUGGCUACCAAAUUAUAAAAAGCUCCUGGUGACUCUCCCAGAUGACCGACAUCCGUAGCCCACGGGACAGUUAUGCAGAUCUUAAGGUCACCCAUCCCCAAUAGGGGCCUCUGUCUCAAAGCCACUUGCUUUCAGUUUUGGAACCAAAUGAAUACCUCUCUUUUUCAAAAUACUCGAGCCCUCUCUCUGUCUGAAGUCUGAAGCUUUCUCUGAUCCUGAUUUUGUACCUGUUACUUCAAUCGCCCAGCAGUCCCCUUAGCACUUGUUACUGUACAUCCGUGCAACUUGAGUGGGUUAUUAAAUGUUCUCCACAGAUGUUUCUCUGUUAAAUCUGAUUAAAUGAAUUCUGUCCUAC